UUCUAUGAAUUUAGCCAGGGGCUCAGAGCACUAAAAAGAAUAGAAAUUUUCUUUUUUUUGGUCAUUUUCGUCUAUUGAGAUCGCAAAAUGGUUUUUGAUAAGAGAAUUACCUGCGCCUUUCAGAUUGUAUCAUCAUAUCUAGUAUUUAUCAGCUUCUUCUGCCUGGAAUAUUGCCAAGCCAAAUCAAUUCGUCAGUAUCGUUUUGUUAUUAAAGAAGCUCCAUACACCAGACUUUGUAGCACGAAGAAUAUCUUGACGGUAAAUGGGAUGUUUCCAGGACCAACUUUACGGGCUUACCAAGGGGAUACAGUCUUUGUGGAGGUUCACAACCAAGGAACACAAAAUAUCACCAUUCAUUGGCAUGGGGUACUUCAGCCAAGAAAUCCAUGGACAGAUGGACCAGAAUACAUCACUCAGUGCCCAAUCCAACCCGGAGGAAAAUUCAACCAAAAGAUCAUUUUUUCCACGGAAAUAGGGACUCUAUGGUGGCAUGCACACAGUGAUUGGACAAGAGCCACAGUUCAUGGAGCUCUCAAUGUUUAUCCGAAAAAAGGAACCAACUAUCCCUUUCCCAAGCCUCACAAAGAGGUUCCCAUCAUAUUAGGAGAGUGGUGGAAGAAAGAUGUAGCUGAAGUACUAGAUGCAUUUCUUGAGACUGGAGGAAGGCCCAGUCCUUCUGAUGCUCUGACCAUAAAUGGUCAGCCCGGAGAUCUGUGUCCAUGUUCAAAAUCAGAUACAUUACUUGUGGAGCAAAACAAAACUUAUCUACUCCGAAUUGUGGGAGCGACGGUGAACAGCAUUGUACAUUUCUCGGUCGCAAAUCACAACCUAACCGUCGUUGGAUGGGAUGGAAGGUACACAAAGCCAUUGACGACCGAGUACAUCACAAUAUCUUCGGGCCAAACCAUGGACGUGUUAUUGACCACCAAUCAAAACAGUUCCAGUCACUACUACAUGGCGGCUAGGGUUUAUUCAAGCGGUUUAGGAGUACUAUACGUCAACACCACAACCACAGUUAGACUCCAAUACAAAGGAAACGACGCCGUUCCGUCCCAACGGAGUACUCCUCCAAUAUUACCUUACUUUCCUGCGUUCAGCGACACAAAAUACGCCUUCAACUUCAUCACUAAGCUCAGGGGCCUAGUUGAUAAAGACCACCCAAUAAAAGUGCCGCAAAACGUAACGACCCGAAUAUUUUCCACCCUUUCAAUAAACGCGUUCCCUUGCACAAAAAACACGACUUGUGAAGGGCCAAAUGGUACUUCCCUGGCCGCCAGCAUGAACAACAUAAGCUUUGUUAAACCGUCCACAAGCAUAUUAGAGGCUUACUAUAAUGGUAUAAAUGGUGUUUUUCAAACCGACUUUCCAGAAAAGCCACCACUUGCGUUUGAUUUUACAUAUGACCUUUCGCCACUUGCACUUCAAUUAUCAAGCCGAGGGACCAAGCUUAAUGUUGUGGAUUAUGGGUCAACGGUGGAAGUUGUUUUCCAAGCAACGUCUGUGGUCACGGCGUUAGACCAUCCCAUACAUCUCCAUGGCUACAGUUUUUAUGUCCUUGGGUAUGGGUUUGGCAAUUUUAACGAGACGAGGGACAAAUUGACCUACAAUCUAGUUGAUCCUCCCUUUGUGGAGACGGUGGUUGUGCCUAAAAAUGGCUGGGCCACCAUAAGAUUCACUGCCGAUAACCCAGGAGUAUGGUUUAUGCAUUGUCACUUUGAUCGUCAUCUCGUAUGGGGAAUGGAAACGGUGUUCAUUGUUAAGAACGGGAAGAAUGGUCCUAAAGAGAAGAUGCUGCCUCGUCCGUCAUACAUGCCGCAAUGUUAUGGCGUGGGGCUAUUAAUUACUGCACUAGGAAACUUUCACAUUAUUGCCCCAUACUAUAUUGUUAAAGAAACUCCAUACAGAAGACUCUGUAGCACAAAGAAAAUCUUGACGGUAAAUGGAAAGUUUCCAGGACCAACUUUACGGGUUCACCAAGGGGAUAAAAUCUUUGUAAAGGUUUACAACAAAGGCAGACACAAUAUCACCAUUCACUGGCAUGGAGUGAAUCAGCCAAGAAAUCCAUGGUCAGAUGGACCAGAAUACAUCACGCAAUGCCCGAUCCAACCCGGAGGAAAAUUCAAACAAAAGAUCAUAUUUUCCACAGAGGAAGGGACCAUUUGGUGGCAUGCUCAUAGUGACUGGUCAAGAGCAACUGUUCAUGGAGCUAUUAUUGUUUAUCCAAAAAAUGGAACUAACUAUCCCUUCCCCAACCCUCACAAAGAAGUGCCCAUCAUAUUAGGAGAGUGGUGGAAGAAAGAUGUAAGUCGGGUACUAGAGGGAUUUCUUAAGACUGGAGGAGAGCCCAACACUUCUGAUGCUCUAACAAUAAAUGGUCAACCUGGAGAUCUGUAUGAAUGUUCAAAAUCAGAGACAUUUAAGCUUCUAGUGGAUCAAAACAAAACUUAUCUACUCCGAAUUGUAAACGCGGCGCUGAACACCAUAUUCUUUUUCUCCGUCGCGAAACACAACCUGACUGUCGUCGGAUCGGACGGUGGCUACACGAAGCAAUUGACGACGGAAUACAUCACAAUAUCUCCUGGCCAAACAAUGGACGCCUUGUUGACCACCGACCAAAACAAUUCCACUCUCUACUACAUGGCAGCUAGAGCUUAUUCAAGUGGUACAAACGUUUCUUUUGACAAUACCACAAGCACAGCAAUCCUCCAAUACAAGAGAAACGACGCCGUUCGAUCUCAAUCAAGUACUACUCCGACAUUAUUAUUCCCGUACCUUCCUGAUUACAACGACACAAAAUCAGCCUUCAACUUCAUCACUAGGCUAAGGAGCCUAGCUGAUAAUGACCAUCCAAUAAAUGUGCCACUAAACAUAACAACAAAAUUAAUUUCUGCUGUUUCAGUAAACACAUUCCCAUGCCCACAAAAUAGUUCAUCAUGUGAAGGACCAAACGGAACUCGUUUGGCCGCUAGCAUGAACAACAUAAGCUUUGUGACACCAUCGUUAAGCAUAUUAGAUGCUUACUACUAUCGUAUUAAUGGGGUUUUUCAAAAAGAUUUUCCAAGUGUUCCACCAUUUUUGUUUAAUUUUACAUCUGAGUAUUUGCCACUAGAACUAGAACUACCAAAGAGAGGGACUAAAGUUAAGAUUUUGGAUUAUGGGUCGACAGUGGAAGUUGUUUUCCAAGGAACAAAUUUGGUUGCCGGUAUAGAUCAUCCCAUGCAUCUUCAUGGUUACAGUUUUUACGUCGUUGGAUAUGGAUUUGGCAAUUUUCACGAGGAAAGGGACAAAUUGAGCUAUAAUCUAGUUGAUCCUCCCAUGUUGAACACUGUGAUUGUGCCUAAAAAUGGCUGGACCACAAUAAGAUUCACUGCCACUAAUCCAGGUGUAUGGUUUAUGCACUGUCAUUUGGAGCGUCAUCUUACAUGGGGAAUGGAAACUGUGUUCGUUGUUAAGAACAGAAAGAAUGAUCCUAAAGCAAAGUUGCUACCUCGUCCGUCAGACAUGCCGUCAUGUUUUUCUAUUAAGAAGAAAGCACCGACUCCGUUCGUGACGAUCCUUCCAAAUCUUCCCCAAAUUCUCACUGAGACCUCCAUAUUCAGCCGAGGAAGAAGAGUAAAGAUUGAAGAGGCAUUUUCAGUCUAUAGUCUAUACCCGAAAAAGGUUAAGAAGAAGGCAAGGCCGAAAUAG